AUGCACCACGAGCUACUCACCUGUCGCCAGGCUUUCCUCUCCCCCCGCAAAACCCUCUUCUCCUCGACACUCCUUCCCUCCCCCAGCCGCCCGUUGCUGCAACCACGCCUGCUCUCCGACUGCUCCUCCUGUGUUCCCCACAACCCCCAUCCAUCCUCCGCCAGAGCGUCCGCCUCCUCGUUCUCUCAAAACGGCGCGUCUUCUUAUCCGCCUUACCAGCAACCCCCCUACCGCCACCAACAACCCUCCUUCCCACCACCUCUCUCCUACCCGCCUUCGUUCCCCACCCCAGCACCUUACCCUCACAACCCCCCGCUACCGUCACACUCGUUUCAACCGCAAUCGGGGUCAGCAACGUGUCCGCCCGGCGUGGGCGUGUUCUGGGACUACGAGAACUGCCCCGUGCCCGUCGGCGCCGACUGCGCUGCGCUCGUGCGGCGCCUGCGCGACGUGGCGCGCGCGUUCGGCGUGGUGCGGAGCGUGCGCGCGUACGGGAAGCCGGAGGAGGUGCAUGCGCGCAUGGUGGGAAAGAUGGGCGCGUGCGGCGUGGAGGUGGUGGCGGUGGCGGCGGGCAAGGAGAUGGCGGACAAGGCCAUCAUCACCGACGCGCUGCUCUUCGCUCUCGACGAGCGCGAGGUCAACCGCAGCGCUUGCUGCCUCGCCCGAGCAAACGCCUUCUUUGCAUCGGCUUCACUCAACGUCCCGCCCUCUCCCUUCUCCUCGCCACCUCCUCGCCCUUCCUUCCUGCCCGUUCUCUUGCAUUCGCACACCUCCCUCCCACGCCCUGCCGCCUGCAGAGCCGUCCCGCCGUGCGUGGUGGUGGUAUCGGGAGACGUGGGGUUUGCGGGCAUGCUGGCGAAGCUCACCAACCGCGGCGUCACCACCGUGCUGCUCGCGCGCCCGCGCAAGAACGGCAGCAAGGGCAAGCGCGGCACCAUCCCCGCGCCCCUGGCGCAGUCAGCGGCCGUCACUCUCGACUGGGACCAGCUCAUCCUUGCGGGGGAGAGCGGUGCAGGUGGGGAGAACGGGGAGGACAAGGAGGAGAUGCAGCAGAGGCUGCGAUCGCUGGAGGAGCGACUUUCGCACGUGGAGAAGGGCGUGGCGAGUGGGGGCAGGGACAGCAGGCCAAGCAGCAGUGGCGCGUGUGAUGGGGCGAAUGAAGCAAGUGAAGCAGCAACGGACAGGGGUCAAGAGAAGAUCACCCCAGGCGAUGCAGAAGCUCCACCGCCGCCGGAGCUCAAGGCAGGUGAGGGGGUGCAAUCCCACGCGGAGGCAGAGGGGGGCCCACUGAGGGAGUCGUGGGCGGACGUGAUGGCGCGCGCCCUGCCCGUGCGCUCGCCCGCGGAUGUGCUCAGAGCGCGCCUGCGCGCCCACAUGCUCACCGCGCUGGCGGCCCACGGCGCUCUCACCACAUCAGCGCUGUUCGUGGCGUACCAGCGCGUGUACGGGCGGCAGCUGCGCCUGGCGGACUACGGGCUGCGCGACGUCAAGGCGCUCGUGGCGCUGCUGCCACACGUGCUGGCCGUCAGCGAGGGGUGGCCGGGGCAGGCCGCGCGCAAGAAGAUGAGCGUUGAGGCGCGCGAGGCCAUGGCCCGCCGCCGCACAUUCUCCCUCGUGCGCUCCCACGGCAACCUGCGCGCGCUGGCACUGGUGCAGUCGCGGCUGCGGUGCGUGGUGGUGGCCGUGCUGCAGGCGCAUGUGGCCCGCGCGGAUGCCGCCUAUGCUGCUGCGCGCGUGGCACGGGGCAGCGCUGGUGCGGUGGGGGGAAGAAGUGGGGAGGGCGCAGAGCGGAGUGGCAAGGGCGAGCAGGUCCCUGGGGACGGCAUGGUGCCAAGUGAAGGCAGCAGUAAUGGCGAGGACGGGAGCAGCAGGAGCGAUACAACUGGCAGUGGGAGUAUUAUACGCAGCGGCAGCAGCGGUGGCACGAGGAGCAGUGCGCGCGACAGGAGGGCGAGCAGGUGGAUGGCGGUGGAGGAACUGGGCGCGGCAGUGAGGCGCGCGUGCAAGGAGAGGCUGGGCGUGCUGCUGACCCGCCACGGGUACGGGCGAGACGCCUUCUGCAACGUGUCUCAGAAGGCUCGCCUGGUGGCGGUGCUGGCAGACAUGCCCGACCUCGUGCGACUGAAGAAGCUGAGAGGGGCGGGGGGUGUGGUGCUGGUGGGGCUGGUGGCUGGCGCUGAGGCCGACCCCGUUGUGAGCCAGUGGGCUGAGCGGAACGAGCAGCUGUGGGAUGGGCGCGUGUACUCGUGGCAGGACACCCGUGGGGAGGGGGAUGGCGGCUGGGAUGAUGAGGAGCGGGAUGAAGACGAGGAGGAAGAGGAAGAGGAGGAGGAGCAAGCAGAUGUUGGGAGGUGGGUGGUAAGGGAGGCUGUGAGGAGAGGAGGAGAGCGGGACAUGUUGGGUGAUGGAAGUGAGGGUGAUUGGAGUGAGGAGGGGAGUGAUGGAGAGGAGGGGGAGGAAGAGGAGGAAGAUGAGGAAGAGGAGGAAGAGGACGAGUGGUGGGAAGAUGAUGAGGAGGAGGAGGGUGACGAGGAGGAGGAAGAGGAGGAGGCAGAGGAUGAGGAGGAAGAAGAGGAGGAAGAAGAGGAGGAAGAAGAGGAGGAGGAAUAUGAGGAGGAGGACGAGUAUGGGUUUCUGGCAACAGGGGAUAUGUACGAGGAAGAGGAAGAAGGGCGCACAUGGCAGGGCAGGGAGGGCAGGGAGGGCAGGGAGGGCGGGGUGCAAGUGGCAGGUGAGCGGCGCAUGAGGGAGGGUGGUGGCGUGGUGGGUGGGCGUGGCAGCGCAUACAGUGAAUGGGGCGAGAAGGAGGAGGGCGAGAGUGGGCAAGAGCAGGGCAGCAGCGCGGGCGUAGGGGGGGUGCAGGCACAUGGAGCCUCGUCCUCGCCUGGGGAGUGCAGAGCAGGGGCAGCAGGUGGUGGGGUUGUUGAGGGAUACCGUGUGGUGGCAGGGUGGGAGGAUUGGCGGGGCGAGGAGGGCGAGGAGGGCGAGGAGGGCGAGGAGGGCGAGGAGUAUGCGUACUAUGCGGCAUAUGACAGCCAUGAGAGCGAGGGGGAGGGGGAUGGAGAUGCUCCCCGCGUGCCUGCUGCCUCUGAGCACGGCCAGGGCGGCGUGGGUCAACUGUUGCAGCACCACGCACAUCCCACUGCGCUGCACAAGCCAGACUGCCAUGCCCAAGACUCCCCAGGUGCUGCCCACACCACAGCAUUCCACGACCCGCUGUGGACCGCCGUGUUUGCCUCCGCGUCGGCCCUGCGCUCGCCCCUCGAGCUCGCCCUCCUUCGCUUCUCCCUCCGUACUCUCACUCUCCUCGCCGCCCGCGGCCCGCUCCCACUGGGCGGCAUGGCUCGGGAGUUUGUGCAGCGUGGGUGGUGGAGGCCCGACCCUGCUCGGGUUGAUGUGGAUGCGUUGGUUAGGCCAAUUACCACGGUGGUGCGUGAUUAUAAUGAGUAUGCGUAUAUCGAGGGAGGUAGAGUGAUGGGAGGGGAGGAAGGUACGAGGGGUGGAGGAGCCAAUGUGGUUGGUGUUGCCGGCACUCGUAGUUGGAGUGAGGGUGGUUCUUCUGGUGGUGGUGAAGCUGAAGCUGCGGCUGCUUGGGUUGGGGGUGCAGCGGUGAACGGGAGGGGAUGGGUGCAGCGCGAGCAGAGGCUGGCAGUGGUUGGGAGUGAGAGGGCGUUGCAGCUGCUGAGUCUCGUGCAGUCAGGGCUGUGCCGUGUGGUGCUGGGGGUCGUGCUCACACACGGUGCUGACUGGGAUGCCCCCGCUGCUCCCUCUGAGCCCCUUCAAAAGGACAGCUCUAGACACAGCAGCAGCAGCAGCAGCAGGUGGAUGUGGCUGGAGGAGCUAGCAGGCAGGCUAGAGGAGCACACAGGGCAUUCCCUGCCGAGCCUGCUCGUCAGGCACGGGUACGGCAGCCGUUCCUUCCCCGGGUGGUCUGUGAAGGCCCGCCUGAUGGCGCUGCUGGGUGACAUGCCUGACCUCGUGCGCGUGGGCGAGGCAGGGGCGCUGCUGCCAAUGGGGGAGAUGACCGAUGGGGAACACAGCGGCGCGUUGAAGCACCAUGAAGAACAUACGUGCAAGGGCGAGCAGUUGAAGGAACGGAGUGAGGAGGGGGCGUACAUGUGGAGGGAUGGGUGUGUGGAUGAUGAGGAGGCAGCUGAGGAGUGGUGGCUGGAGAUGGAUGGCGGGGAAUGGGCUGAGAGUGAUGAGCUGGGCCUGCGGCAUUGCGGCCUCGUGGUUAUGCUGGCAGAGGGCGCUGAGCUGGACCCGCGCUUUAAGACAUGGCACGUGCGCAACGAGGGCAAGUGGGACGGGCGCGUCUACUCCAUGGCUGGCCUCAGCCUUGGGAUUGCCUCUGCCCUUGCCUCUUUUGGCGGUGGUGUCGAACAGAAGGUGCAAAGCAAUGGAUUCAAACGUGAGGGGAAGGAUAAGGUGUGGGGAAUGGAUGGGAUGGGAUUCGAUGAUGGUCUUACAAGCAGAGACGGUGUGAGGGAGGAUGUGAUGGAGCGCGUGCAGGGCCACGAGGGGCGGUACUCCGUGUACGUGCACGCGUCCACCCCCGGCUUCACCUUCCCGCCUGACUUCUCCCCCACCUUCCGAGAUGCUCUCAUCCGAGGCGGCAAGGUGGCAUGGGGCGACUUCUCAAUGGUGGCAGCCGAGAGGAAGCUGCUCGCUGCUGCCUUCUUCGACCCCCUCAACGCCUUCUUCGCCCUCCUCUCCGACUCGUGCAUCCCCCUGUGGCCCUUCACCUUCAUCUACAGCUACGUCGCCUCCGCCAACGUCAGUCUACUGGAUGCGCACCAUGACAAGUACCGCAUGGGAUUCCGGCGCUACGAGCGGCACAUCUUCAGUCCGCUCAUUCACAAGGACGACUAUGUGGGGGGCAGCCAGUGGCUUGUGCUGCGGAGGAGGCACGUGCAGAUGAUCACGAGGGACACGGCACACUACCUCACACACCAGAAGAGCUGCCAGUUCCGCAUGAAGAGGGGCAGCCGCUUCUGCUGUGCCGAUGAGCAUUACAUCCAAGUGCUGCUGCAUCUGUAUGACCCCUCGGGAAUAUCCCGCUAUCCCACAACCUUCGCCGAUUGGAGUCUGUCAGAGUGGCACCCCAAGCUUUUUGCUGCUGAGAAUGCCACCAGUGACCUUAUAACGAGUAUAAAGUCAUCCAAGCAAUUUCUCUCCUACCGCAAUUUUUGGAAGGAUUUACGGAGCAAUUUUUCCUAU